AUGGCAUCAUCUACCGAUGAGAACAAUCAAAAAGUGCUCUUGUGUCAACUUUACGAAAGUACCCAACUGUUAACCCAACUUGGUGUACUUAUUUCUGAUGGUCUUCAACGUCUUGCUUCUGCCCAAGGUAUUUUUCAGCAUUUAUUUACAAGUUCAGCAUUUAUUCGAUUAUUACUGAUUCAUAUAAUAGGAAGUGAAUAA